GCACUUCAGUAUUAUCCCGAGAAGGGUGGACUUACACUUUGGUGUGUUAUUUAUUAUUUAUUUAUUGUACUUUUUUUUUUUAUUUCCCUAAGCCAAACAUGCUCGGCUUGUGCCUUUACGUGCCUGUGUCCAACUCGGACCCGAUUGAAGUGGAAUAUUUCGAGUCUAACGGGCUACCUUCAGAGCUGAAGUCUCUUUUUAACAAGCUGAGCUUGUUUCUGCCUUCACAGGAGUUUUCAACCUACCAAAGAUGGCGAAAGAAAACCUUUAAAAGGGAAGAGAACGAUGCAGGUGGACAGCUGGACUUUGAGGAGUUUGUACACUAUCUGCAGGACUAUGAGAAAGACCUGAAGCUCGUGGUGAAGACUGUCGACAAGAAGAAUGCAGGCCGAAUUGACCCUAAAGAGUUCAUGCAGUCUCUUCAGGACCUUGGUGUCCAUAUAUCGCAACAACAUGCGGAGAAAGCCCUUAAAAGCAUGGAUAAAAAUGGAAUGAUAACAAUCAGCAGCAAGGACUGGAGCAACUACCCCAUGGUGGAGAAGACCGAGAACAUUCCUGAGAUCAUCCUCUACUGGAAGCACUCCACGAUAUUCGACGUGGGUGAGAAUCUGAUUGUGCCCGAUGAGUUCACCAUUGAAGAGAAGCAGACUGGGAUGUGGUGGAGGCACCUGGUUGCGGGCGGAGGUGCCGGGGCCGUUUCAAGGACCUGCACAGCACCCUUGGACCGACUCAAAGUCAUGAUGCAGGUUUAUGGAUCCAGAACUAACAACAUGUGCAUCAUGACUGGGCUCAUGCAGAUGAUCAAAGAGGGCGGCACACGGUCUCUGUGGCGGGGGAACGGGGUGAACAUCAUCAAGAUUGCCCCUGAGUCAGCCCUCAAGUUCAUGGCUUAUGAGCAGAUUAAGCAUCUAAUCGGGAGCGAUAAAGAGACUCUGAGCAUCUUGGAGCGAUUUGUUGCAGGAUCUUUGGCUGGAGUCACCGCCCAGAGCACAAUCUAUCCCAUGGAGGUCCUGAAGACUCGUCUGGCUUUGAGAAAGACUGGCCAGUACACUGGGAUCUCGGACUGCGCCAAGCAGAUUUUUAGGAGGGAGGGACUGGGAGCAUUUUACAAAGGCUACGUCCCCAACAUGCUCGGCAUCAUCCCCUACGCAGGCAUUGACCUGGCAGUGUACGAGACGCUGAAAAACAGCUACCUGCAGCAGUACGGCACGAACAGUGCGGACCCUGGCGUGGUCGUCCUCCUGGCCUGCGGCACCGUGUCGAGCACCUGCGGUCAGCUCGCCAGUUACCCCCUGGCUCUGAUCCGAACCCGCAUGCAGGCACAAGCUGCGACAGAAGGCAGCCAGCAGCUGACCAUGUCUGGUCUGUUCAAGCAGAUCCUGCAGACAGAGGGCCCAACAGGGCUCUACCGAGGCCUGGCCCCCAACUUCCUCAAAGUCAUCCCUGCCGUCAGCAUUAGCUACGUGGUAUACGAGAACUUAAAGACGCAACUGGGAGUGACAUCACGCUGAAAACUCAACCCAACUCAAUCUCCUAAAAACACUAUCUCUCAGGACGUGUGCAAGGGAAUCCCAGGGGCCGUUUUGGCUGCUCUGGAGGUUCGUGGUGCCAUCUCAUUCUGUGAAUGUUGGCUGAUGAAAGAACAGAUGCUGGAAAGGCAACAGUGGAGGAUGUGGACUCUGUGAGCUCAGGAUGUCAGGACUGUGCUGCUAUUUAUGAUUUUAGAAGAAAUGUGAAGAGGACCAAGAGUUUUGGCUGUUUUUUGUUUUUUUUUUUUUUUUGGUUUGUUUUUUUUUGAUGUAAAAUGCACCACCUGCAUUUUAGUUCUACUCAGCAUAUAAAGCAUUUAUGAAGUUCUUAAACCUGGUAGAGUUAAAAAAAAAAAUAUAUUGUGUUCCCAAAAUGAGAGGAUUUUUGCACAUGAGUUAGUUUUCUCUCCUCUCCUGAAUGAAUGACUUAUUUAUUUCCACCUAUCCUGUAUUUAUUUCUUUUAUGUUCAGGAAAAGAGGUUCAGGGUGAGGAAGUAAGAUCCGUCAAACUCAAGUCUAGUAAAGCAUAUUUGUUGGUGCAAACGGAUCGAGUCUGACGUUCAUGAAUGCCGUUUUAAGUGUCUUUGAUGUCAACCUCAGGUUUAAGAGCAAGAUUAUUGUUGAAUUGUUUGUGUUCAGAAGCAACUUAAUGCACUUUAAUCAAUACUAGAUGGGCCUCUAAAUGACUUGUCAUAUCAAUGCAGAAUUAAUUUCUUUUGUAAAGAAGAAAUUUUAGUAUUUUAACGGACCACUGUCAUGCAAAUAAAUGCAAAUACUUGUAAA